AUGGAGGAACGUCCGGAAAAUCCAUCCAAAGGCGACGGAGAAGAUAUCAGUCUGAAAAGUGAACCAAAUGUUAUAGCAGAUGCUCCCAAUGACACCGUUGCUAAAGAGAUAAAUGCUGAAGCUAUAGAUGCGACAAGUGAUCAUCAUGAUCAAUCUGACCGUUAUAGUGAACAUGCGGUUGUGUCAACUGAACCAGCUCUGCCAGACGAGGAAGAACUUCCAUCACACCAAACACCUCUAGAUGAAGAAAUUGCUGGAAACAGCACCACCACAAUGAGCAAACCUCCAUUUGAAGUGAUAAGAGACUCAACAGGGGUUGAAAACGAGAAUAGAGCCAUCAGCAGAUUUGCUCUGGGCGUCCAGUCACCAGAGUCUACAGUCAAUCUCAAUGCACUGUCUUCUUUCUUUUCAAUAGAUAGAGAGCAGCUGGAAGAACUGAACAGUGUGGUAGUGACUCAGUUGAGUAACAAAUUCCGCGAGUACCAGUCGUUGAAGUCAGACAAAGACGUCUUGAUGAUGAGCUUGGAACAGCUUAAACACAGCUCCAGCAAGAGGACCGAGUCUCUGAAAGGAGAGCUUAAGACGUACAGAGGCAGCACAUCAGAAUUACAGCAAAGACUUGCCACUUUGGAAGGUGAAAAGCUGAAACUUGAAGCGCAAUUGGCCGAACAGCUGGAUAAUGGAGCAUCAGAUAAGUCACAUCUACAAGAGGUGAACAACAAGAUCACCACUCUGACCAACGACAAGAAGACUGCCUUUGAUCUGCUUAACAAAAAACAGAACGAGGUAGUAAUGUUGCACCAGGAGGUUGACCAAUUGAGCGAAGCUAACAAGACAUUGCGGGCCAAUCUGAUGCAAGUGCAAUCUGAAAACGAGAAGGUGACCAGCGAGAUCAUCAGGAGCAAGUUCGAGAAGAAUAAUAUACAGCAAGAACUUACACUGGCGAGCAGUUCCUCGACAUGGUUCAAAGAGGAAUUAGACAGAAAACUGGAAGAACUCAAACAUUUGAGAGAGGAGAAGAGAAAUCAAGUCUCGAGUCUUCAAUCAGAACUGGAUGCCACGAAAACGGAGCUCACUUCGACUAGUAUGAAAUACGAUAAUCUUUUGAACAAGUACAAUCAAGCGACCAGAAGUCUGGAUGAAUCAUUGGAAAGUUUGAGAAAAUCUAACACAAAGGUUGCUCUUCAAGAAGAGGACUUUGCAAGGGAGAUGUCUUCCAAAGACAGAUUGCUGAAUAUUUUGAAAUCUUCCAAUGAUGAUAGGCAGAAAAGAAUCUCCAAACUCGAAAGUUUGGUCGAGUCUGCCAAAUCUUCCACCGCGAAGGAUGUGGCAACCCUCAAGUUGGAUCUGGAGAAUGCUCAGCAGCAACUUGUGUUAUCCGAGACCAAGGUCCAUGAUUUGCAGGAGACAGUCGCUAAUCUGACCCAUCCUGAGUAUUCUGGGUUUGAAGAUAAGACUGUGAAUGGGACCUCGUUUCUUUCGCAAUCUGUUAAUAUGACCGCAAGCAAUCUAGGUGGAAUUUCACUCUCUCAGCUGCUUGCCGAUUUCCAGCUUGUGAAGAGACAGCUGAUCAACGAAAGGAGACUGAAAGAAAGAAUGCAGAAACAAGUUGAUGAUUUUGUUGAAGAGUUGAGUAAAAAGGUCCCAAUCAUAGAGGCAACCAAAGAGAGAUGCAACGUUCUUGAGAUGGAGUUAAGCGAAUUGAGCAUGAUACUAGAAGGUGCGAACAAAGAAAAAGAAGAUUUGGAAACAGAAAACAAGAUUUGGAAGAAAAGACUUGACGAGUCAGAGGUGCAGGUCACAAGUUUGCGGAAACAGAAGUUGGACCUUAGCGAGCAGGUUUCAACACUGCUGAUUCAAAUCACACUGAAAUCAGCCAAUGACUCUCCUCUCACAUCAGAGGAACAGCAAUUGAUCACCAGCAUGGUUGGAAAUGUCAGAGAUGAUGUCGAUUUGUUCCAGUCUGACACCGACAAAUUGAUCAGUGAGAGACUAGUGAAGUUCAAAAACAUUGUUGAACUAACUAAGAACAAUGAAGAGUUGCUUGCCAUCACCCGCUCACUAGGAGUUGAGCUGGAGGAGCAAGAACGUUCCAAGAAGUCAAAGUUUGAGCAGUUGGAAAGCCAAGCUUUGGAUGAUGCUAAGGAAGCAAUUCUGGCGCUGAAAGAUGAUCUUCAGGAGACCGAGAGAAAGCUUAAGAACGUUAUCUCUGAGCGUGACAUGCUGAAAACCAUGACAGCCAGCCGCAAGAGUUUGAUAUUCAAUGAUAGUGUAACCGACCGUUCCAUUGACGAGUCUCAGAUCAUCGACAAGGUUAAAUCACUUCAAGACAAACUCGAUCGAUGCCAGGAUGAUUUUGAUGCUUUCAGAAAAGAAAGCAACAAGACUAUUGCAUCUCUUACGUCUAAGAAUGGUGAGUUGACCGAUAUCAAGUUUAAACUCUCCAUGGAAGUUUCACAUCUUGAAUCAAGUUCAAAGUUACUGGAGGAAAGACACAAAUCCACACAGGAAACCUUGCUCUACACCAAGUCCACCAAUGAUGAGCUCAGUAAACACUUGCAAAGAUUACAGGAUAGUCUUAACCGGACUGAAUCAGAAAAUCGUCGCUUGUCUGACGACCUUCAGGAUAUAAAGAGCAGGAUUUCCCGCACCGAAGCUGAACUGACAAAUGCUCGCUCAGAAACGGCGAUGCUCAGAGCUUUAAAUGCGAGAUUAGAUUCUGAUAAUAGCGGUUUGAUCGAAGAGAGGAGAAAACUCAAUGACGUUAUCAGUAAUUUGCAACACAAGGAAAACGAAAGAGACUUGUCAUACAAAGAGGCAAGCAAAAGAUCAGUUUCAACAAUCUCGUCACUUGAGAAGGAGCUUGAGUCAUUGAAGGAGAAAUUUGAGAGAUUGAAUGAUGAUUUGAGAGGUGUUUUGGUUUCGAAAGAAGCAGAAGCAGGUAAUUAUCAGCAAAAGAUCGAUGCUUUAAGAGCAGAUUUGAGCAGAACAAGGGAGCAGCUUGCGGUGAAGACCACUUCAGUAUCUCAUCUGGAGGACACAGUGCAAAGAAUCACUAAGCAAUUCAAUGAAGUUGAGACUAAGCUCUCAACGCUUUUGAAUGUGGAAACUGAUGAUGGAAGUCCCGAAGGAGAGAUUGCUCGCCUUAAGGAGCAACUUUCCUCAACUCUGGACGACCUGGAUCAUGCUCGUCGUGAUUGUGAUGAAUUCAGAUUGGUCUCGGAGAACUCGGAGAGAAACAUUGCUGAAUUAACACUUUCGUUCGACAGUUAUAAGGCGGAUGUUGAAGAGAAGGUGAAACACCUUGAACAUGAACGUUCAGAGCUUCAAGAUCAAGUACAGAAGUUGACUUCAACAACAGAAGACCUGCAGAGAAGUAACAAAGACUUGAGUUCCGAGCUCAACUCCAAAGUUUCUGAAUACAAGAUCCAGAUUACAUCUCUGGAAUCAAAGGUUCAAACAUCCGAUGCCAUCAGAGACGAUUACAAUCAAAAGGUACAAACAAUUCAAAAUGAGAUGCAAGCUCAGGCCAAGAUUGCUUCGGAUGCUCAAUCAAACUACGAACAGGAAUUACAGAAGCAUGCAGAGGUUGCUCGUCUCAACACGCUGUUGAGAGAAGAACUGGAUUCGGUGAAGAAUGAUGUGGGCAAAUACCUCAAUGAAGCUGAAUCUGCGAAGGAAGCUUUGUUGAUUAGCCAACAAGGAUGGGAGUCACAGAAGGCUGCUCUUGAAAACCAAGUCAGGGAGGCUUCAGUGAGGGUUUCGGAGGUUUCGGAGCAGAAUCUACUACUUUUAAACCAAUUACAGGUUGCAUCGUCUUCAAGUACCUCUAUCGAAGGUGCUGAUGGACUGGGUGCAUCAGAGGACUUGUCGGAGAUCAUCAAUUUUUUGAGACGUGAAAAGGAGAUAUCCGAGUCGAGAUUACUGAUCGCUGUCGAAGACGAGAAAAGGCUACGUCAAAAACUCUCAAUUGCCAAUGCCGAGUUGCAAACUGUCAAAUCUGAGUUAGAAAAGGCUCAUCUGUCUUUGUCAAAGGCUACAGAGUUCUCUAAGGACGAAGCUGCAAUUACGGAAAAACUGUACCAACUGGAUGUUCUGAGAGAAAGCAAUUCCACACUGAGAAAUGACAACUCAAAGAAGGUGGAAAGGAUCAGACUGCUAGAGACUCAGUUAGACGAAGCUUUGAAAAAGCUUCAGCCUUUGGAAUCGCAGUCGGCCAAACUUACUGCCGAGCUCAGAGUGAAGGAUGAGGAAAUCAAGCUGCGUGGAGAACAGAUUAAUCACUGGAAGACACGUACUGACGAGAUUCUGAACAGUUAUGACCGUGAUCCUGAGUUGAAUUCUAAGGUCAGUUCAUUGGAAGAGGAAUUGGCAGCUGCCAAAACUUCGCUCUCUGAGACACAAGCCAAACUUCAGGAACGCGAGCUUUUGUUCACCAAGCUAAGAAAUGAGAGUCAAUCGAAACUGAAUUCGAGCAAAUUGACCAGGAAGAACCAGCAAGACCAGAUAGAGGAGUUGAAGGUGUCUAUCGGGAAGAUCACCGAAGAGAGAGACCAACUAGCAUCGGAGCUGAAAUCGACAAAGGAAUCAAGAGAGAAAUCCACCACCGAGGAGAGCGCGAAGGUUCAAGAACUCGAGGCUCAGAAACAACAACUGGAAAGCUCUAUCAAAGGCUUAAAUCAAGAGCUCCAAAAAGCCAGAAGCGAACAACCUGUUCCAACUGCGGAGACUGUUGCGAAGAUCAGAGAGGAACUCGAAAAGUCAAAGGCCGAGGAAGUUGAAAGAACGGUGAACGAAAAGAUCGAGGCCUACAAGAAGGAGUCUGAAAUUAGUGUGCCUAACUCUGUAGCCGCUGCUGAACCCUCCCCGGAAGCUUUGGAGGAGAUCAGGCGCAAUUUGGAAGUUGAAUUCAACGCAAAACUUGAAGAACACAAGAACAAGAUCAGGGUUUUGUCGCUUGAAAAGGUCAAUGCUGCUGCAGAGAAGAGGUUUGAAAUUGGAAAGGCUGAUAUUGAGAAGCAGUAUAAAGAUCAAAUAGCUGCCCUAGAGGAGAAAUUGAAGAAGAGCGAACAAGAGUCGUCUGGAACUGAUCAGAAGGAACUUCAAAACCUCAGAGAAGCAUUCGAAAAGGAAAAAGCCGAUCUUGAAGCCAAGUUUCAAGCCGAGAAGGAGGCUUUGAAGAGCGAUAUCCAGGCGAAAGCUCGCAAAGCCGCAGAAAUGAAGGAGAAACUUCUUUUAAGGAAAAUCGAAAAUCUUACCAAGGAGAAGAACGCUUUGACUGAGAAGUCUGUACCUUCGGUACCCUCAUCUUUGCCUGCUGUGCCUACUUUGCCUUCCGUACCAACACCUGUGGUUUCCUCUACACCAGAAGCGUCUGCUGAGAACCCUGCAACCAACAAAAGAACUGCAGAGUCUGGCGAGAACGGGGAGCCUACUGAAAAGCGUGUGAAAACACAGGAAUUGUGA